AUGCCUAUGGGAAAUCCAUUAUCUCCUACUAUCGCGGAUAUAGUACUUGAUAAGCUACUUGACGAAGCCAUAGCUGAACUCAAGACUAUGGGCAUAACUUUUAAAUUUAUUACCAAAUAUGUUGAUGACAUAUUUGCGGUUAUCAAAAAAUCUGACAAGGAAAUUAUUCUGACAACAUUAAAUAAUUUUCACCCAAAAAUCAAGUUUACAUAUGAAGAGGAACUGGACCAUAAACUCCCAUAUCUCGACAUUGAAAUUAUUAAACGAGAUAAUAAUUUAAUUUUCAAUUGGUACAGUAAAGACAUAUCUUCAGGACGACUUAUCAAUUUUCACUCUUCACAACCUAUGAGCCAAAAACUAGGUACUGUGAAGAAUUUCAUCAAAAAGAAUCAAGAUAUACUAGCUGGUGUAUUAAUUGGACUGCUGGUUGGCGGUAAAAAUCAACCCCAGCGUCAACAGCAGCAACGUAACCGCCGACGUCCAGGAAACUACCAGCGGCGCCAGGAAGGUGGCCGACGACGGGAAGAAAACCGCAGGCGGCAGGAUGAAAACCGCCGCCGGCAGGAGGAAAAUAGCCGUCGGCAAGAGCAGGAGGCAAAAAUGAAUACCGAAACGAAAGAAAAAAAAUAUACCCCUGAAGAUGUUGGAAAAUAA